AUGAGCGUCGAAGAAACAGCCGGCACAAACCUGGCCCUACAGAAACGGUCGCUGACCUUUCUGUUUGGCAAGAAAGUGCCCCCAUUACCAUUGGAGGAGGAACGGAAAGUGUUUCCUCACUACCACACCAAUAUCAUAUAUCGUGCCUUCUUCUGGUAUCUGACCCCAUUGAUGAGGGUAGGAUACAAAAGAACUCUUCAGCCUGAAGAUAUGUAUCUUUUGGACGAAGAGCAAACGAUAGACUACAUGUACAAAAAGUUCAUUGCUUCGGUCGAUUCAGAUCUCGAGAAGCAGAAGGCAAAACAUAUCUUAAAGAAGUGCAAAGAGAGAGGAGAGACUCCAGAGUCGUCCUCAGUUGAUCCGGAAACCGAUCUCGAGGAUUUCGAGCUUCACUACGUAUAUUUGGUGAAAGGCUUGAUCCGAGUUUUCGGAUGGCAAUAUGGCUGGGCAACCUUCAUCAAAGCCUUUGCAGACCUCUCUAGUGCGCUGUUGCCGUUGGUUCUCAAACGGCUCAUCAACUUUGUCGAACGGAAAGCCUAUGGUUUGGAACCACACGUCGGAAAAGGUAUAGGGUACGCAUUCGGGGUGUCACUUAUGGUGUAUUUUUCCGGAUUUGCUUUCAACCAUUUUUUCUACAACAGUACCACUGUGGGUGCAAAGGUGAAAGCCGUGCUCACAAAGGCACUACUUGAGAAGAGUUUCACGCUCGAUGCCCGUGGAAAACAUAAAUUCCCUAUUGGAAAAAUCAAUUCCAUCAUGGGUACCGAUUUGACCAGAGUCGAUCUGGCUCUGGGAUUCUUCCCCUUCCUGUUGGGAUUCCCUAUUCCUUUGAUUGUGAUCAUUGUGAUGUUGUUGGUCAACAUUGGUGUCUCUGCGCUCGCCGGUAUUGGUGUUUUUGUCAUGUCUAUUUUCCUGACGGGAUUUAUCGUUCGAGAGCUGUUCAGACUCAGAGUGAUCGCCAAUGUGUUCACCGACGAAAGAGUCAACCUGGUGAAGGAACUGUUGAAGAACUUCAAGAUGAUCAAGAUGUAUGGUUGGGAAAACUCGUACUUCAAGGAAUUCAUGGAUAUUCGUCAAAAGGAGAUGACAACAGUGCUGCGAAUGCAAGUUGCCAGGAAUGUGCUUAUUGCCGUUGCCAUUUGGCUUCCAAUCGUUUCUUCGAUGGUCGCCUUUUUGGUUUUGCACAAGAUCGACUCCAACAGAACUGUUGGAGACAUCUUCUCUUCCUUGUCGCUUUUCCAAGAACUUACCACGCAGUUCUUGAUGGUUCCAGCAGCACUCGCAAUGUCCACAGAUAUGGUCAUUGCUUUUAAGAGAAUCUCUCAGCUUCUUUCGUGUCCGGACGGCCAGGAACUCGCUACAUUUUUCGACACGUUGGACGACCCAAAACUUGCACUUCAGUUGAAAAACGCUUCGUUCCAGUGGUUCACAUUUGAGGACGAAAAGCCGGAAGAUUCCAAAAGUGAGGACGAGCCAGAGUCCAGUGAUCAGAAGUCAGAGAAAUCAGCCGGCUCAGAAGUCGUCAAGACCGAGUUCCCCGGACUUCUUAACUUGAACCUGUCAAUCGCUAAAGGCGAGUUUGUCGUCGUUACAGGCUCAAUUGGAUCCGGAAAGUCUUCACUUUUGAAUGCUUUCUCCGGAUUUAUGCCAAAGACAUCUGGAUCUGUCGCCAAGAACGGUAGUCUGAUGCUUUGCGGAUACCCUUGGGUGCAAAAUGCAACCAUUAAAGAAAACAUUGUUUUUGGCGAAGAAUAUGACCAGGAGAAGUAUGAUACAAUCGUCAAGGUUUGUUCUUUAACUGGGGACUUUGAACAGUUUUCAGCAGCUGACAAGACUGAGGUCGGAGAGCGUGGUAUCACGCUCUCUGGUGGUCAAAAGGCCAGAAUCAAUCUUGCCAGAGCCGUUUACAGCGACAAAGACAUCAUCCUGUUAGACGAUGUUCUCAGUGCUGUGGAUGCCAAGGUUGGAAAGAGUAUCAUGAAGGAUUGUAUUAUGGGAUACUUGAAAAACAAGACCAGGGUGCUGGCUACACAUCAAUUGUCGUUGAUCGACUCUGCUGAUAAGAUCAUGUUUCUGAACGGUGAUGGUACCGUUGACUACGGUACUUUGGAUGAAGUGAAGAGCAGAAAUCCAGAGUUUGUCAGACUGAUGGAGUUCAGCCAUAACGUCGACGACGAUGACGAGGACGAGAAUGAACCAGAACAGGAAAAGAACGACGACUUCGGUGCAGACGAUGACGAAGACGGAAGACUGAUCCGUGCUGAAGAGAAAGCUGUCAAUGCAAUCUCAUGGGAUGUUUACAGAACGUAUAUCAAGGCCGGUUCUGGAAAGCUGGGAUACUUCUAUCCCGUUGUUGUUGUUCUGGCGUUCAGUGUUUCCACGUUCUGUUUGCUGUUUGUGAAUAACUGGUUGUCUUUCUGGGAAAGUGGAAAAUUCCACGAGCCAGGCAGUUUUUACGAAGGAAUCUAUAUCAUGUUUGGAUUCCUGUGUUUGAUCUUCUUGAUCGUUGAGUUCCUGUUUUUGGUGUACUUCUGCAAUAUGGCUGCCAGAAGAUUCAACAUCCUGGCUUUCAAAAGACUGUUGCAUACUCCAAUGUCGUUCUUGGACACGACCCCAAUGGGAAGAGUUCUGAACAGAUUCACAAAAGACACAGAUGCCAUGGAUAAUGAGAUUCAGGAUCAAUUCAGACAAUUCUUCCAGCCAUUGGCCACCAUCGUGGGUACUUUGAUUCUCUGUAUCAUCUAUCUUCCGUGGUUUGCCAUCGCUAUUCCAAUUGUCUAUGCAUUGUUCUAUCUGAUCUCCAACUUUUAUCUUGCAAGUUCGAGAGAAAUCAAAAGAUUGGAAGCAUUGAAGAGAUCCUUUGUUUACUCUCAUUUCAACGAGUCUCUUUCCGGAAUGGACACCAUCAAGGCACACAAUUCCGAAACCAGAUUCUUGAACACGAAUGCUCAUCUGAUUAACGACAUGAACGAAAGUUACUACACGUUCAUCGCUGUUCAGAGAUGGCUGGCCAGCAAUUUGGAGUUACUGGCCAGUUUGGUGUGCUUACUGAUUUGUUUGCUAUGUGUUUUCCGUGUUUUCAACAUCAGCGGUGCAUACACAGGUCUGGUGUUGACGUACGUUGUCAACAUUGUUGGAUUGGUUUCGUUCAUGUUGCGGUCUAUGACUGAGGUCGAGAACCAAAUGAACUCAGUCGAAAGACUCAAGUUUUACGCUAUCGACUUGCAACAAGAAGCCGCCUACGACAUCCCAGAAAGAGACCCUGAACCAACUUGGCCUGCUAGCGGCUCGAUUAGUUUCCAGGACGUUUCCAUGAGAUAUCGUGAAGGACUUCCUUACGCUGUUAAGGGGCUUUCCCUGGAUGUUGCCGGGAGCGAAAAGAUUGGAAUAUGCGGUCGUACUGGUGCUGGUAAGUCCAGUGUGAUGUACUCUUUGUUCCGUCUUGCCGAGUUUGAGGGAAAGAUUACGAUCGACGGCGUGGAUAUUUCUCAGAUCGGACUACACAAGCUGCGGACCAAGAUCUCGAUCAUUCCACAGGAUCCUGUCCUAUUCAGUGGUAACGUCCGUUCGAACUUGGAUCCAUUCAACGAUCGCACUGACGAAGAGUUGUGGUCGGCGUUGGAGAAGGCCGGACUGAUUGACGGCUCCAUUUUGGAACAAGUGAAGAAACAACAAAAAACAGACGCAAACCUGCACAAAUUCCAUUUGGACAGAGUUGUCGAAGACGAUGGAUCGAAUUUCUCGCUUGGUGAAAGACAGUUGCUUGCGCUUGCCAGAGCUCUGGUCAGAGGUGCCCGGAUUCUUGUUCUGGAUGAGGCUACCUCGAGUGUCGACUAUGAAACCGACGCGAAGGUCCAGAAGACCAUCACCGAGGAAUUUGCACAAUGCACAGUGUUGUGUAUUGCGCACAGACUGAAGACUAUUGUGAAGUACGACCGGAUUCUUGUUUUGGAUAAGGGAGAGAUCGCCGAGCUCGACACUCCGAGAAACCUGUACGAACAGAAUGGCAUUUUCCGCUCGAUGUGCGACAAAAGUGGAAUUGUCGAGGAUGAUUUUUAA